AUGAUCAAAGUCUCCUCCAUUCUAUUAAUUAUUCUCCUUACGAAAUUCGUUGGUGGCGCUCCUACAAGCCAUAAUUCCUCCUCAACCGACGCCAGUGUUACUACAUCUUCCAUUGAGGCUCCGUUGAACACCGCCGUUCCGACUUCGACAGAUACUUCCUUCGAAGAAACGACCACUGCCGGAUUCAUCUCCACUGACCCUAACUAUGUCUUGUGGAACGACACUAGCGACCCUUCUGUAGUCACUCCUGAGCGUGGAACGCUCGGUGCCCCCAUUAUUGGACCAGAUAACAUUCCGCUUGAUCUGCAAAAUCCCGACCUCUUUGCCCCACCGACCACUGAUGCUGGAACGAUUCCCAAUUCCAAAUGGCUGUUCGCCCUCAGUCAUACUCGUUUACAAACGGGGGGAUGGGCCCGUCAAGAGAACAUUCAGGUCAUGCCCGUCGCUACUCAAAUGGCCAGCGUAGACAUGCGACUCGAACCGGGAGCAAUUCGCGAAUUGCAUUGGCACACGACAUCAGAGUGGGCGUACGUGUUGAAGGGAUCCACGCAAAUCACGGCAGUCGACGCGGAUGGGCGGAACUACCUUGCUACGGUGCAUCCCGGUGAUUUAUGGUACUUCCCUCCAGGUGUUCCCCACUCUCUACAGGCCACCGGAGACGAUGAAGAAGGAUCCGAGUUUCUUCUAGUAUUUGAUAACGGAGAUUUCAAUGAAGACGGAACAUUCCUGUUGACUGACUGGCUGGAACACGUUCCGUACGAAGUCAUCCAAAAGAACUUUCAGGUCAGUAACCCGGACGCGUUCGCGCACAUCCCUGCACAUGAGCUCUACAUCUUCCCGAGUGAGGUCCCUCCCGACGAUGCAACUGCUCCGGAAGAUCCCCAAGGGACGGUCCCUAAUCCCUUCUCUUUCCCGCUCUCUCAAAUCAAUGCAACUCAGCUUUCGGGUGGGUCUGUUAAGAUUGUGGAUUCUACGACAUUCACUGUCUCUACGACUAUCGCCAUGGCUGAGGUCACCGUUAAUCCCGGCGCGAUGCGGGAGCUACACUGGCAUCCCACGAUGGAUGAAUGGAGCUUCUUCAUGCAUGUUGAGGGUACGGGAAGAAUGACUAUCUUCGCAUCGGAAGGUACUGCUGGGACAUUCAAUUAUCAGCCUGGCGAUAUCGGCUACGUUCCGACAGCCUACGGCCACUACGUCGAAAACACUGGAAAUACGACUUUAAAGUAUUUAGAGGUCUUCAAGUCGGAUCGUUUCCAGGACAUCAGCCUUAAUCAGUGGUUGGCAUUGACACCUCCCGCACUGGUCCAAGCCCAUUUGAACUUGGACAAUGAGACCAUCAGCCAGCUUUCCAAAGUUAAGCCAAUCGUAAUCGGACCUAGCGCUUGA